AUGUUGCUUCGCAAAGACUCGACAUUUUCUAAGCAGUCGGAAUUCGUGGCUAACGUCGUGCUCGGCAAUGAUAUCCUUGAACGCUCAAAGCAAACCAAUCUGCUGGCGACCUUCCUCACACCAGCGACCAUAAUGGUGGUAUCAGUCACCGCCUCUACAACGCAGGGAAGUCCGCUGGAACCAGACGUCCUGAAGCGAGCCACUGACGCCUGUGUUAUGGCUAUUGAACUCUGUGAGAUGCGAGCAACUAUCCUGGCCUACGUGGAGUCUCGCAUGUCUCUCAUCUCACCAAAUGUCAGCGUACUCAUUGGAGCGUCGACUGCCGCAAAACUGAUGGGUCAUGCGGGUGGACUGACGGCUCUCUCCAAGAUGCCCUCAUGCAACAUCCUGGUGUUGGGCGCUCAAAAACGCUGUCUCUCCGGCUUCAGCAGUAACGCCUCUCUGCCGCACACUGGCUAUAUCUACCACUCCGACAUGGUGCAAAAGCUGCCUCCAGACCUGCGAAUCCGAGCUUCACGCCUACUCGCCAACAAGGUCACCCUUGCUGCUCGCGUGGACUCAUUUCACCAAUCGCAGGAUGGAACUAUCGGUGAACAGUUUCUGCUAGAGGUUGAAAAGAAAAUCGACAAAUGGCAGGAACCUCCGCCAGUGAAACAAAUCAAACCGUUGCCCGCUCCAUUGGAUCCACCAGCAAAGUAUGUUUUACUGUUUUUUAAUUUCAUUGCUAAAUUUGAGUAA